CCUUACCGAACAGCGGGAAUUUUGAAAUCACUUCCUGUUUACGUCAGCUGUUGUCGAAUGCUAACCAACAUCGCUCAAGUAUUUCUUAUCCUGAAUCAAAUUAUUUGGACAUGGAUAUGCCAACGAUACACAUGUGCACCCACCUUACAGAAGAAAAUGAAAAAAUCUCUAGAAAGUUGAAGAACUUAAAGAGAAAGAAUAACAGUCUCGAAAAGCAGUUGACAGAAAUUAACGAUAAAGUGAAACUUGAGAAAGUGCUGAAACAAUAUGUGACAACAAGAGACUCUGCAAUGCAGACUGACCCACCUGGCUAUCAUCCAUACUCAAGGCCAAUCAAACAAGCAACCACACAGAAACAGGAAAAGCAUGGUGAAGAAACGGCUAGAAUUAAUAAUGCACUUACUGAGAAAAUUGUGCGAGUACUUCCCAGAAUGAAAUGUGCGCACAGAUUGGAACCUCAUCAGAUUCAGGGUUUGGAUUUCAUUCACAUUUAUCCAACUGUUCAGUGGCUGGUUAAGAAAGCUAUAGAGACCAGAGAAGAGUUGGGUGAUUAUAACAGAGCCUUUUCUGUAUCUCAGUUCAACAAACAUCACAGUACUCCACAGGACAUUGAGUUUGAAAAGCAGAAAUCCGAAUGUUUUGGUUCUAUUAGAGGUGUUAAAGAUUGCUACAAACCGAGGAGACGAUAUCGUAGAUCUCACGAAUUGAAAAGUCACCAAGAAGAACUAAGAGUGCAGUCUACACUGUUAGAGUAUGGCAGGAAAUUGGGUCACUUGCAGUCCGCAAAGGCUCAAAAAGCUGAUGAAACUGAUGGUACAAAGAAAGCAAUAUCUGAUGCAAUGGACAAAGGUGAUGACCUCGCUAACUGGAUGGCUGAUGAGAAACGAAUCAAAGAUCUAAUGAAAGGCAUGUCAAUUUCUGAGGAU